AUGGCACCAAAAAUUUCCUUCUCUGACCCUUCGGAUGUGAUUGAUUUUGUGAUAAACAAAGGUCAUGGAGUAAAGGGUCUCUCCGAAAUGGGACUCAAAGUCCUCCCUAAGCAGUAUGUUCAAUCCUCAGAAGGGAUAAUCGAUGACUCCAAAAUCUUGGCUCAUGAAUCCAUUCCUUUAAUGGAUAUGUCAAAAUGGGAUGAUAGCCAAGUUGCCAAAUCAAUUUGUGAUGCAGCUGAGAACUGGGGAUUCUUUCAGGUUGUUAACCAUUGUGUUCCUGCUGAAGUUUUGGAGGGAGUAAAGGAGGCGACUCAUAGAUUCUUUGGGUUGCCGGCUGACGAGAAGAAGAAGUAUUCCAAGGAGCUUUCGCCCUCUAACAGUGUGAGGUUUGGCACAAGCUUCAGUCCUCAAGCUGAAAAGGCUCUUGAAUGGAAGGAUUACCUCAGUUUAUUCUAUGUUUCCGAAGAUGAGGCUUCUGCUUUGUGGCCCCCUAUCUGCAAGGAUGAAGUGUUGGAGUAUAUGAAGAAAUCCGAAAUUCUUAUUGAACGGCUUUUACAAGUGUUGAUGAAAGGACUAAAAGUGAGUAACAUUGAUGAAGCGAAACAACGUCUUUUACGAGGUUCUAUCAGAACCAACCUAAACUAUUAUCCAGUUUGUCCAAAUCCUGAGCUAACAAUCGGAAUAGGUUGUCAUUCAGACGUUUCAACUCUCACAAUCCUCCUUCAAGAUCAUAUUGGAGGGCUAUACGUGCGAGCGAUUGAUGGCGAGAACUGGGUUCAUGUCCCCCCAAUUGAAGGUUCCCUUGUGAUAAAUAUAGGAGAUGCAUUGCAAAUACUGAGCAAUGGGCGAUACAAAAGUGUUGAACAUUGCGUUGUUCCGAAUAAAAGCAGUAAUAGGAUUUCGGUUCCAAUUUUUGUGAAUCCUAGACCAAUUGACAUAAUUUGUCCUCUGCCUGAAGUGCUUGCAAAUGGGGAGAAAGCAAUCUAUAAGCAAGUUUUGUACUCGGAUUAUGUGAAGCAUUUCUUCAGAAAGGCACAUGAUGGGAAGAAAACUGUUGAUUUUGCUACGUUAAGCAACUGA